CCAACCACCUGACCCGUUUCCAGAUCCAUUUCUUCUUUCCCGCACCUACUCGGAGUAGACACGAUGAGCACGGAGAUGGAGGAAUAUUCAGCUGUGCGGCGGCGCGUGUCCUGCACUAAAUACUUCGACGCUCUGUGGUUCUGCUACUGGAUAUCUAGAUGCUCCAACAUAACCAGCAAUGGCGAUGAGACAGAACAAGCACCAUAUUACCAGAUGCAGCAGUACUACCGGGUUGGAAAACUUGAUGAUUGUACUAAGAAGUUCUCUGCUCUCUUUGAUUGUCUUUCCUUAAAGACAAAAAGUGCUUCGGAAGCCGAGAAAAUUAUGGAAGAGCAAGAGAAGGCAGACGCAGCAAAACAUAUAUGGAUUAUGCGGACGCAGGAAGAAGCUUCAAGUCAUUGGAACGAGACUUUCGGGCAUUUGGAUGAUCCCAAUUAUUAGAUAGAAGUACAGUUUCACUUUCUCCACUGGAUUCUUGAUGGUCAUUUUUACUUUCAAGAAACUAGAUUUCUGCAGAUUGUUCUGCAGGAUAUAAACAAGCUUUUGUCAUCAGUUACCAUGAACAUUUUGAGCUGAGUUAUCUCCUCAAUCCCUAAAGAAGCGACCCAAAAAGAUGGAGAUCAUUUGUUGAACCAUAGUUGUAUUUGGUUGAUCUGUUAACAGAAAGGUACUGAAUUUUAUUAAUAAAUUUGAUACUAUUUUUUACC